UCGUUGAGUUUGCGAAGCCGACUACGAAUGAACGAAACAAAAACGAUGAAGAACAGAACGCGAUGAAACCGAAACGAAAACCAUACGUACGAAUGUAUGCGUGUGUAUGUAUGCGGCGAGGGACGGGAGAGAACAACGCGCCUUUUGCAAAAAUUCAGUGCUGCACUCUCAUUCGUGACGAAAGGAUGUACGGCCGGUUGUAGUCGAAUGAAUCCGUGUACAUCAUCGCCCCCGCAGAUGCCACGUGGCUCUGGAUCUGUGGAAAACUCCACACUGGAAUCGCACGGCCUACAGCUGCUCGAGAUGGCUGGAAAGGAGGACUACGAGGAGCUGCGCGAACUUCUUCAGUCGUGGGAUGUGGCCGAUCUGCUGCCCCACCUCCAAGAUGAGGCCAUCAACGUAGACGAGCUGCAGAUGAUUAAACGUCAUCACCUGUCCGAGUUGCUGCGGAACUUUCGCUUUGGGACCCGUAUUCGCUUUGAGCACCACUUGGAGCGCUGGCGCCGUUGGCUGAACGUACCUCUUCAGGGGGUACAGGGUCAGGGGUCGACCCACUGCAGUGGUUGCCGCUGCCCGGAGGUGCAGUCCCAUUGCCCGGGGCAGACGCCACUGGACAUGGACCAUCCAUCAGAGCCGGAAGAUUUACCAAAACCCGAGGAUCUCGCCAAGACAAUACCGGCGGAAUCGCUGGUGGCCCUCGGUGAGCCCAGGGAAAUGUCCGUUCCCCUUCAAUUGUCCGUGACGCAGGUGCCUGCGCAGAUUGCCAACGAGAUGAUGAUGGUUAAACAGGAGCAAAUGACGAUGCAGCAGCAAGCUAGGACAGUAGAAAACAUUUCGGGGCCUGGGUGUUCUGGAGGAUCACUAGCUAUGAAGGACGACCAAGAUGUUACAGGUGACCAAGAAGUUAGUAUUCUGGGAAUCCUGAGAGCCUCGGGCAUGAAGUCCCAGUCCCUGUUGGAUCGCAUUGGACAAAAUGCACCCCUUGAUGCGGUGCAGCGGCUUCUGCUCAUCCAACUGGUGUGCAGCUACUACGAGGAGAACCAGUUGCACCUGACGCUGCAGAGGAGUCACCUUCUGGAACGCGAGAUCCUGGAGCUUUUCCCACAGGAACAGCUUCAUUAUUACCGCACCGAGAGACGCGGCAAGAUUUACGUGAGAUUUACCAACAUGAAGAGGAGCAAGAGGCUUAGUUCCUCGCGCCAGGAGCUCAAGCGACGCCGUUCCGAGCUCAUAAGAGCGAUGCCGGCAGUUCAGGGCCAUAGGUCCAAUGUGACCUUCCCCGGGGAGAAAAUCUCCAGCCCUGAGCCCUCGGAUUGAGACAGUUUGAUAGGCACUUAAGCAGCUAACCCCAAAAACCUUAUUGUAAUGCUAAUCCUAGGUUAAGCUAUCUACUUGGUGUGUAAAUUCUUUAUGUUAUGUCUGUGAAUUGACGAUAUAUAGGGUAUUUUGCGGGUCGACGCGAACCGCUGACUGACGGAACUAAAUCGAAACUGAUUUUUGGUUA